AAGAGUGUUGUUGUAAUAAAUUAAAAACAUUGUGACGGUUAAAAACGGAACAAUAAUGCAUCGAUGAACUUAAUUCGACUUUUGGAGUUAAAGCACAAUCUAGGAAUACUGUUUAUCGCUGGUUUUCGGACUUUAGUCGUGGUCGUGGUUUUUUUAAGGAUGACUUGUGUGAAGAUCGUCCAAAAUCGGUGGUUGUCCAAGAAAACAUUGAUGCAGUGCGGAAACUGAUUUUGCAGGAUCGUCAUGUGACUUCCCAUGAGAUUGAGAUGACGGCGCGAGGCCCGCAAAUGGUGAUGAUCGGGGUCGUACUGGUACUAAUAAACGUCUACGGUGCCCUGGGUCGAAUAGCGUUCGAGAAGCUGACCGACUUCGAUUACCGCGGUAACACCUACUACACCGUGAAAAACCUCACCUUGUACGAGUGUCAAGGGUGGUGCAGGGAGGAGCCGGACUGCCAGGCGGCCGCGUUCAGCUUCGUCCUCAACCCCCUCAUUCCUGUACAGGAGACCCAGUGCCAGCUGCAGAACGAAACGCAGGCCAACAACCCAUCGGCCACGCCCCAACGCAGCGUCAACAUGUACUACAUGACCAAGCUGCAGCUGCGCAGCGACAACAUAUGCCUGAGACCGUGGGCGUUCGAGCGGGUCCCCAAUAAAAUGAUCAGGGGGCUGGACAACGCGCUGAUCUACACUUCGACCAAGGAAGCUUGCCUGGCCGCCUGCUUAAACGAACAUCGUUUCACGUGCCGGUCGGUCGAGUACAACUACGUCACGCUGCAAUGUCAGCUGAGCGACAGCGAUCGUCGCUCCGCCGGCCAAUUCGUGCAGUUCGUCGACGCCCAAGGGGUCGACUACUUCGAAAAUUUGUGCCUCAAGGGCUCGCAGGCGUGCAAAGGUAACCGGGUAUUCCAGACUCCUCGAAUAGGCGUGGCCGAUGACAAGGUGGCCCAAUACGCCACCCUACAUUACUACACCGACAAGGAGCUCCAGGUCACGUCCGAAGCGGCCUGCCGACUGGCCUGCGAGAUCGAGAACGAGUUCCUGUGCAGGUCGUUCUUGUACAAGGGGGCGCCGCAGGGCUCCCAGUACAACUGUCAGCUCUUCCACUUGGACCACAAGACGUUACCCGACGGGCCUAGCACGUACCUCAACGCGGAGAGGCCGUUGAUCGAUAAUGGCGAACGUAUCGGCUCGUACUUCGAAAACACUUGCGAAAAGGGCGCCAUCUCGCCGGGAGGCUCGUCGGACAACACGCUGCCGAUCGAAUUCAGCGCGUCGGAAGACCCUAACCUCAACAACCUAACCAAAAAUGCAGACAACGUCAACUGCGACAAAACCGGCACUUGCUAUGACGUGGCAGUCAAUUGCAAGGACACGAAGAUCGCGGUGUCGGUGCGCACCAACAAGCCCUUCAACGGCAGGAUAUAUGCCCUGGGCAGGUCGGAAACCUGCAAUGUCGACGUCAUCAACAGCGACCUCUUCCGACUAGACCUGACCAUGUCGGGGCAGGACUGCAACACUCAAUCCGUCACCGGCGUGUACAGCAACACCGUCGUCCUCCAACAUCACAGCGUGGUGAUGACGAAAGCAGACAAGAUCUACAAAGUCAAGUGCACGUACGACAUGUCCUCGAAGAACAUCACGUUCGGCAUGAUGCCGAUUAGGGACCCGGAGAUGAUCAGCAUCACGUCCGCGCCCGAAGCCCCGCCCCCGCGUAUCCGAAUUUUGGACGCGCGCCUGCGCGAAGUAGAAACCGUCAGGAUAGGCGACAAGCUCACGUUCAGGAUCGAAAUUCCCGAGGACACACCUUACGGCAUCUUCGCGAGAAGUUGCGUAGCAAUGGCCAAAGACUCGAAGAGCACGUUCCAGAUCAUCGACGAAGACGGUUGCCCGUUGGACCCUAGCAUAUUCCCGGCGUUCACGCCGGACGGGAACGCUUUGCAAUCUGUAUACGAGGCGUUUAGAUUCACCGAGUCGUAUGGAGUGAUCUUCCAGUGCAACGUCAAGUACUGUCUGGGGCCGUGCGAGCCGGCCAUCUGCGAAUGGGGCCGCGACUCGAUCGAGUCCUGGGGCAGGCGAAAGAGAAGCGUCCACAACCAGACCGACGAUGAGAAGGAGGAGGACAUGACCCUUAGCCAGGAGAUUUUGGUACUGGACUUUGGAGACGACAAACAGUCCGAGUUCUUGAAGAGCGACCCAAUGAGCGCAGAAUUCGGCAAAGACAAAACCGUCACCAUCAUCGAGCCGUGUCCGACCAAGACGUCGGUGCUAGCCCUAGGCGUGACCUGUGCCCUGCUGGUCCUCCUCUACAUCACCACCCUGUUCUGCUAUUACAUGAAGAAGUGGUUGAACCCGGGCAAACACAUCAACUAGUUCCGGGAUAAAAAGACGCUACGCACAGUGCACAAACCCCUAUAUAUACAAUAAUUUUUAGCAAUGUGGCAAUAGUAGACUUCAUAGUCGACGCCCUAAGCACGGAACCAAUUUUAAGGCACAUUUUCGUUUUGUAUAUAAGGAACGAGCCCAUACUGUUAAGAAGGGCAAAUCCGUUGAACAGCCUUCAUGUUAGUUCCCGCAUAGGCUCUUUUAGUUAGUUCAAAUGACUUAUUAUUAUACAAUCUCGAGACUCAUUCGCGAUGUUAUCAUACAUUUUAGAUUCUCUUAGAUAAGGCGACUAAAUUUCGGGGAAACUCGGUGGUGGGUCUUUACAAAGGUGGAGGGCAACUUUCUCAUCCGAAACAUUCGCAACUUUUACCGUUACAGAUUGAGAGGAAAUCGCGAGCUUCAGCUAUUUUUGGAUAAUUUUGGGGCAAAUUGUAAACGCCAACGCGGCAUACAUUUUGCUCCAACUCAUUUUCCACGUUCGAAAUUCCAUUAGAUUAUAUUGUUUGAAUAAAUUUGUAACGGUAAGACAUUCAGUUCGCUUUCGUUCUCCCAUCUAAUUUAUUUAUUUAAUGUGAACAUGCAUAUAUAUCGAUAGCUCUUAAAGAACCAUUGUGUAUAUACCUAAAUUUAACUUAAGUCAAUAAACAAAUAUUCAUUACUUGUUCUUAGCGCAUUUACGACACGU